UCUCGUCUACCUGUCACUUAGUUUGACAAUGUCAAGUUGUGUUGCCCAAGAAACAGAAAUGGAGAGUGCCAAUGAAAACAAUCAAUGUGCAGCACUAGAUAAAAAUACAGACAAAGAAGAAUUAUCUACUCCACAAAGUGUUGAGCCCCUUAAAUCUGAUGAGAAGUCAGAAAAUGCAGUAGUCAACAGUCACCAUGGCCAGGAUUCUGGGCUAUGCUCCGUAGAAGGAUCCACACAGAGACAGAUGUGCUCUAGUAAAAAAAUGAAGUGUUUUUCGUAUAUUACUUCGACACCAAAGAAGGAACUUCAGGUUUUAGAGACAAAAACAAUUCUGGAUGAUCCUUUGUUAUCAUCAAUUGAUGAAGUUGGGGACAACAUGACUGAUCAGGAUGUGGAUAGCAUAACUGAUGAUGAAAGUUUUGAAAAUACCAUUUCAAGAUUCUGUAAAACAAAUAUAACUGCAAUACCCACAGCCAGGGAUAGAUACACCUCCAUGACCGGGUUUCUGAAUGAAAAUUCUGAUAGACAGGAUAUAUGUGAAACCAAACCAUCUUCUAAAAUCAAGAAUAAAAGUAAACUGGAUUUACUUGCAGUAAAACGAAAUCUCUUUGAUAUUCCAGUCAGUCCUAGAUUGAAGAGUAGAGUCCGUCAGCGUUUGUACACAUUAGUCAAUUCAAUUGAAGGGUAUGAACUGCAAAAGGAUAAUGAGGUUAAAAAGCAACAGUCAUCUAGAUGUGAAGCCUCCACAUCUUUACCAGACUUGGGAAGUAUUUCUUUGUCAAUGAAAUCUUUCCAUGAAAAAAUUGGAUUCUGCAGAAAUCAUCAUAGGUUGUAUGAUCUUGUGUCUAAUAGAGAAAAUGAUUGUUGCUGUAAAUCUUUAGAUGAAAAGUCAAAUAAAAAAGCCAAUUUAAGUCACUUUUCAACAAAAAACAGUGAAGCAAGUGAACAAGGUGAAGGUGUUGUUCCAUCUGUCUUAGAUUUGCAAUUCCAAAACCUUCAUUACCAACAGGAACAAAUAAGCAGGGAGAAAUUGAAUUUAAUGCUACAAAAACGAGAAAUAGACUUUCAAAUAUCUUUUUAUAAAGACAAACUUUUCCAGAUGCUGCAGGUGGUAGAGGAAUUGGGAAAAAAGCUUGAAAAUUCGGAGAGAGAAAGGUUGCAGCAAAAUGAUCACUUCCAGAAUAAAAUCAAACAGCAGAAUGAAACACACGCAGAAACUUUGUCUUUAUUACAACUUGAAGCUGAAAAAAAAACACAGAUCACUGAAGCAAUGGUUGCAACUGCCCGUUUAGAAGUAACAAAAGCUUGUGAUAUGAAAAUUCAAGAGGUUAUCAAAUCUUCAAGAGAAAGGACAGCAGUCAUAGAUAAUAUGUAUCAAGAACAGAUUUCCCAGCUUAAUUCCACCAUUGCUAAGCUACAAGCUGAGAGGAGACUUGAACAUCGUAGGGAUAUUGUAGAAGUCACUGAUAAUGAACGUAACCUGAAAGCAGACCUUUUGUGUAUUACCAAAGAAAAUAGUGACUUGAAAAGUGAGGUUGAUACUUUGAAAGAAAGGUUAGCUGCAUCCACUGAUUUUGACCAGAAGUCACUGGAACAACAGAACGUUAUCUCUGAAUUAGAAUCAAAGCAAAGGAUGCUGUUGGUAGAAGUCAGUGUUUGGAAAGAAGAAACAGAAAGAAUGCAGAAGAAGGUUUUAGAUUUGGAGGGCCAGUUUAAGAGAGAUACUCAAAAGAUUUUAGAGGAAUCUAGAAAAUUAGAAGAGAGGAAGAUGGAUGAGAUGAAGAUGACAUUUGACCGAGAACACAACAGUUACAAGAAAGUUAUUGAUACAAUGAAAGAAAAAAUUGCAAAAUUGUCUUUGGAGAAUGAAAAGUUGAAGGAAUGCACAUCUCAGAUGGAAAAAGAAUUACAAGAAUGUUUUUUGAAUCAAGAUUUGUGCAAGUCACGGGAAAGAGAAAUAAUUUUACUGAGAACUCAGCUUCGGGAAUCAACUUCUAGGCAUAUAAAGGAAAAAGAAGAGCAUCAUGAGUUACGAAGUAGGCUUACUAAGGAGUUAUCAGAGUUGAAGAAUCAGAGUGAACAAGAGAUGAUGAAUUAUCGGCUACUUAUGGAAAAGGAGAAAUCUGUUGCCCUUUCUUGUGCAGCAAUGAAUCAUGAGGAAGAAACAAUGACCCAUUUGAGAGGUGUUGAAAAUUGUUAUCAAGAAUUAUUCAAAAUUCUGCAGUCCCACUUUAAAGUUCAGAUUGAUGAAUAUAAGAAGGCAGUAAGAAUUCUGAAGCUGAGGGUGAAGAAGUUAGAGGAAGAAGAUGAUUAACUUUAUUUCAGGUAUACAAACCACAGCCUUUCAUAUAUGAAGUAUCCUUCCGGACAAGAACUGGGCAAGCCAUGUACUGACUAAGCAAGGGUGGCACCCAGUUGAAAAGGGACGAGAUGGUAUGCUCAUUCUCACCCAACCAACACAAUCCACUGUCCUUUCAACCCAAAUUCAUAAUGAAAAACUGAAGGGAAAAGACAGAAGGGUUACUGCCAUUAAGAAAGGCUGAAGAGGUAGAUUACUUCCAUUAAGAUAUGAACACCAUGCCUUUCACACAUGGAAACUCACUAUCAGAAGGGAGGUAGUAUCUACAGGUAGUGCUGAGCACCCUUGUUGGCAACAUGGAGUGUUACUGUUCAGAAAAAAGGCACCGUCACCACUCUGCUAGUGCCAUCAUAGAGGGUUGAAUGGUGCUGCUCUGCUGGCCUGACAGUGCUGCUCCACUGACACUACCCCAGAGGGUGGGGCAGUGCUUCCCUCUAUGCCAUUUUAUCAUGUUAUGGACCAAUAUCACAUUGGACUAAUCCUGAAGAAAUCAGUUGCCCUAUGCCAUUUCUGUGGGGACAGAAACUGCCAAUGUUAUUAACAUGAGAGACCAUCUAAGGGGUACUUUCCCUGCUGUGGGUUAUUUACCUCAGGUACUCGACCUGUUGCUUUGGGGCAAGGUUGGACUUCACUUAACUAAGGGGCUUGGUUGGACUUCACUUGACUAAUCACAAACUUUCAACAGUGACAAUAUCUUCAGGAUUCAUGCCCUUAAGGUAUUACAAUUCUCUGAAAAUUGAGGGUAGUUGAGGUACUAUCCACAGUUUUGAAGAAUGAAAACUUAAAGUACUUAUCCUUCAGUUCUCGCAAAAGUAAUUAAUCUUGAUGUGUACUCAAGGCAUACCUAUACAAAAUACUAGUAAAAUGUAGUUUUCAUAAUAAAACUAAUAUUGUAAUACUUACCUGAACACCUGAAUUAGCCCUGGUCACCGACCAGCCCGAACUAUAUCCCCACAUAUUUACCCACUAAGUGGGUAAUUUUAACUGUCAGUGUUACCAACGCUGCAGGUAAAAUCU